AUGUUUGUCCGUGGAAUCCUCUCCGCUGCUCUGGCCAUCGCCGCAUGCUCAUCCACCUUCCACACUGCCGAGGCAUCCGCUGCCUCCAAGAGUCUCACAGCCGCAGACUUUGACGCCGCCAUCGCAACCGGCGCAACCUUCGUCAAGUACUACUCCCCUGAGUGCGUUCACAGCCAGAAGCUCGAAUCAACAUGGGAAAGACUUGCAGUGGAGCACAAGGACUGGCAGCGCACGGUUGGAUUCAAGUUUGCCGAAGUCGACUGCGUGGCUCAGGCUGACUUGUGCGAGGACAACGAAGUCGUCUCCUACCCUACCAUGAAGCUUUACCACAGGGGCGAGCAGGUCGCAAAGUACUCAAAGUCGAGAUCAUACAAUGCCCUGGAUGACUUUGCCAGUGCCAUGGCUUCAGAGUACAUUGAGGUGGCCAAGGAUGUCAAGCUCGAGGAACUCCCCGAGAUCAGAGUGAACGCACUUGGCAAGGUCAUCAACUUGAACGCCGAGACCUACGCCAGCAGAACCCCCUUUGGCCCAUGGUUGAUUGAAUACUAUGCUCCAUGGUGCGGACACUGCAAGGCUUUGGCCCCCGUCUGGGACGAGCUCGCUGAGCACUUGAAGGACAAGGUCAACGUCGCCAAGGUCGACUGUACAGUCAACCAGGAGAUCUGCCACCGCCAGAGGAUCCGUGGCUACCCCACCAUCAAGCUCCACCAGUUUGGAGAGACUAUCGAGUACAGUGGCUUCCGGUCAGGCCCCGCCUUUGCCGAGUUUGCCCUCGAGGCCAUCGUUCCUUCGAUCAAGCCAGUUACCUUGGAGGUCCUUAACGACAUCAAGGGCUCAAAGGAUGUCACUUACAUCUAUACCCACGACGACAACACCAGCGCCGAGGUCAACGCUCUGAUCGACCGUCAGUCUCAGAUCUUUUACAGACAGAUCGGCUUGUACGGAUCAAACGACCCCACAGUCGCCAAGAGCCUCGGUGUUUCGACCCCCUCUUUGACCGUCUUGAAGGAUAACCGCCAAUUCACAUACGAAGGAUCUCUGACCGACAGUAACGCCGUGAAGACCUGGAUCAAGGAGGUCCAGCAACCCCUCGUCCUCACCCUCAACGGCGCCAACGUCGGCUCAUUCCUCCAGACCAAGGGCUGGAUUGCCCUCGGCCUCUUUGACCCCAGCAAAGCCGACACUGCUGCUGCCCGCAAGGAGUUGAUCGAGACUGCCCACGCAUACCACAAGGCCAAUGCCGAGUCCAACGCCCAGCACGAUAUCUUGGGCAACGCCCUCAACUUUGCCAUCUUGGACGCCAAGGAGUGGCAGUCCUAUGUUCGCGGCGCCUAUGGCUUGGAAACCGAUGCCCUCCCUGCUGUGUUUAUUGUCAACGGAGUUCAGGAGUUGUAUUACGCCCAUGGAUUCGAUGGUCGCCGUGUCUCCGUCGACAAGGACGCCCUCCUUGCCCACAUUGCCGAUAUCGAGUCUGGUCUCUUAUCGCCCAAGUCCCAAGUCGGAACCGUGCAGAAGGUCUUCCGUGAAUUCCAGAGCCGGACAAAGCCCUUUGUCCGCUUCUACCACCAGCACCCCACCAUUGCCAUUGCCAUUGCUGGAGCCAUGGUUCUUGGAAUGAUGAGACGUUUGGCCCCCAAAGAGGAUCCCAAUGCCAAGAAGGAGGAUGAGAAGGAGGGCAAGGAGGUCAAGCAGGAUUAG